UGCGGGAAACGCGAUCAUUGGAUGCGCAUUUUCGUCACGUUGAUUUCUCCAACCAAUGUAAAUACCUCCCGCUCAAAUUGAUGGAUCGUCUUUUGUUUUAUAACGGAACGACCGCAGAGUGGCGCAGAGAUGAUCAUUCUCUGUUCUCAGGCUCGUCCGAGACGGUGUCUGUACACUGACUGCGAAAUUCGGAAACAUUUUUACUGCGAUUUUUUUUCAAAUUUCUUUACAGGGACUACAGGAGAGAAGUGCAAUUGCCAAGGAUGAAUUCAAAUAUGGAAAUGGAACAUCGUCCGAAGAGGAUGGCCAACAAGCCGGCCCGGUAUCAAACCACGUCCUCCGACGAAGAACCGCGAAAGCGUUUAAAGGUGGCCCCCGGAAGUAUCGUGGAGGACAUAACAGACCUCAGGCCUACCUUGGAGGGCGUGGACGAUGAAGUUCCAUCUAAUAAUUAUAGACAACACGAACACACGAACACAUACACAUCACUAGACACAUAUUCGCCAUACACAAGCACAUACACACCAUCAAACAUAAACAUAUACUCGCCACACACACCACCAAACACAUACAGGCCACCUCCAACAGUAUAUGCACCACCAACGCAAACUUUUCAUAUUCUAGCUGCAGUGGAGAGCAGGCCUGAACCACGGAUGCAGCAAGGUACGGAACCUACAAAUGUACAAAUAAGGGAUCUAUAUACAAAAAUUGGCAACCUGGAGUCCAUGCUGACGAAAACCCAUUCAUUAUUGGAGAAGGUGGCGAAGCAGCAGCAGCAAUUGCUGCACCAGCGUCAUGGAAUUCCGUCAAAACCAGCGUUUCUACCAAUUUUAUCGUUGGCUGGAAUGACGGAAUUCCAAAAUACUGAUGAAGACAGCUACAGGGAAGUUGUAAACUAUUUGGAGUACGUGGGCGGCUUCAACCUGAAGGAAGCAGUCACUCUCUCUUUUAAAGAAACAAUGAGUGACUGCUUGCUAACAUCUUAUUCCUGGUUGGGCCGUGAAGAUAACAAUCUCGCACUUUGCGAGACAAAAAUUGUUCAUGCUAUACACGAUGCCGUGCUCCAGAAUAGGUACUUCCCAAGGCCGUCCCGCAAGGAUGUAGCGGAACAUUUAAAAGCGGCGCUUCGUACUGCUAAGGAAAGAGUGCGAAGCAAAAGAAGAGGCCCCCGAAAUCCUCAGCAUGAAACAGUGGAUAACUUUUGGACUGCUGAGGAACAACCACGUUGAAACAGGAAGAGCAGGCUGGGGUCAAGCCGUGAAGAGGAACUGAAGAAGAACUGAAGAGGAUCUGAAGAGAAACUGAAGAGGACCUGAAGAUAUAAUUAUUUUAUAUUACUUGAUACUAUUUUAUAUUAUUUUAUUUUAUUUUAUAUUAUUUAUAUUAUUUUAUAAUUAUGUUAUUUUUCUGAAUUUAUAUAUUAUUUAUAUCAACAUUUAUAUGUUGAUUUGUUAUGUAUAUUGUUGACAUUGUAAAUGUACAUUUGUUGUUGUGAAUACUGAUAAGGUUUUGGCAGUUUUCCUUAUCCUAGCAACAAAUGUUGGUAUUCGUGAAAUUAUUCUGCCAAAUAAAAUAUUUUAUUUUUUAUUAUA